CUCUACAGUACGCAGGUCUUUGAGGUAAAAGAAUGAGGGUUGGGGUUGGACAAUACCACUGACCUCAUGCUUCAGUUCGGUUCAAUAGCCCUAUCAUACCACUACCGCUUUUACUAAUAUCAAUUUUACUCCUAUAUCUGACCAAAAUUUACCGCAAGUCGCCAGACGCAUUCCACGCAUUCAUCCCACUUCAUUUCCGCAAAAUGAAAUUCUUGCACCACUUAUCAAGUCCUAACGAAUCAAAGAAGUCCCACAAAAGAGCGGCCGCAACCUUUGCCUUGAACAAUGGAGCAGACUACCAUAAAGCGUUUGGCACACUGGCCGUUUAUAACGAAGAUAGUGAAGAAAUCGAGCCCCUCCCAGGCGCCAGCGACCUGGAAGAAUCAUUGAAAGCAUACAAUGAUUCGGUCGAUCCGGAAUUCCGAUUCGAGAUCGAAAAGUGCACGUUUGAAAAUGUCAUGUCAGAACUCGAUCAUGCGCAAGAGGCAUACACCAAAAAAGCCCGUGGGCCAUCGGGGGCCUUGCGCAAGGUUGUUCGCGGUGCAGGAGAUUUCUCCGACCAAAUCACCCCGUGGCUCGGACUGAUCCCCUCGGAUUAUGGCUUGGGCUUUUUGACGGCAGGGUUGACGAUAAUUUUCAGUAUAGCAAAGCAGAACUCGAGCAAUAGGGGGAAAAUCCUCGGGGCAUUUAAAGAUAUCCCUGAGCUGAUGCUCUCGGUCAAGGCACAACAGAACCAAUGGGCGUCUGCCAAAGCCCUACGCGAAAGUGCCAGGGAGCUCUAUGAUACCGUGGCCCGGGCUCUGGCAAGUCUCAUCCUCCUCCUGAAUGGGAGCAUGAGCCAAGAAUCUCGAAUCAGCAAACGGGCCCGGAAGCUCGUUGACCGGCUCUUCGCAGCAGGGAAUACAGCCAAAUUGAUCGACGGGAUCCUGGCUGGGGUCCAGAAACAGGCCCAAAGAUUCCGCCAAUGUCUGGACCAUGUGCGAGACGACCUAGCCAUCCAGACAAGAGGCGACGUGGCUUCGACCAAAGCGAUUGCAGGAAGAAGCGAAACAACACUGAAUGAAAUGAAGCAAGACUCACAAAAGAUGAAUACCUGGCUGUACGAGCGGGUUCAGGAACUAGUUUCAGGCAUUUGUAUCCUUAAUACCUUGUGCCAGAGCCUCCAAGAUAACAACCCUUGCCCGUAUUAUCCCACCCAGUCAGGGUCCUCACAACCACCACCGCCAUACCAGCACCCGAAGCCACUUUUGAGUGACAUCGAGCUCUUUGACAGCCUGGGAGUCGACCAGGAGUGCCCCUCAAACGACCUACAGAUGGUGAUAAAGGAUAUCUCACAGUUCGAGGUCUCAGCCCAGGCCCAGGCACAACAGCUUUUCGCGUCACGCCAGUUUGCCGAAUGGAUGGCCUCAAACCAACGCGCGACCUUGCUCGUCCAUGGAAACUUCGAGACUCCCGGCCCUGGCCGGACCACCGCGCUGUCCGUUCUCUGCGCCAUGUUCGCCCUCCAGCUGCACAACACCGCAGACAAAAACCACUACAUCGUCCUCCACCACUUCUGCGGCCUCCACGGGAGCAGCCACUCCCAGAACGACCCCAUCCCCGGACCCAAUGGCCUCAUCCGCUCCCUCAUCACCCAGAUCCUCCUCCACACAAAUAACCACCAAUUCAACCUCGACUUCUUCAAUACGCCGGACUUCGUCGCCGAAAUCAAAGCCCACUCCCUGAAAAUGCUCUGCCACACCUUCAGCCAGCUCAUCGAGCAACUACCCCGACACACCACCAUCGUGUGCAUCUUAGACGGGAUAUCCGAGCUUGCAUCCCGGCAAUGGGGGCCUGAUGAAUUCAGCGACGUCCUUCUUAUCCUCAAUCGACUUGUGACUAACCAGGCCUUAAGACCGGCGUUCAAGAUCCUCUCCACUACUCCUUUCAUCACCGGUGGGACAUUGAUCGAACAGAUGCUGGGCAGCCAUUAUUCUCUGUGUUUGCAGCCCUGUGCGGUUUACGAUGGAUACGGGUUCUCGGAGAGGUCGAUGCCUGGGUUGCCGGAGCAGGCGCGUCGGGAGGAUUAUUUUCGUAGGCAGAUGCGUGCGAAUCGAGAGAGGCAGAUGGAGGAGGAGGAUGACGAUGAUGAUUCGGAUUCGGAUGAGGAUGAGGAUGAGGGCGGUUGGGGUGGGUAGAUAUUAUUAACUAGAGAUAUAGGUAUCUAAUAGGCAGGCAGUCUAUGAGCUGCACCGUAAGCCAG